AAAACAGAUGCUAACUCACUCAGAACUCAGAAGGAUCCUUGGAAAUUCCACCUGCCUAUGCCAAAAUUAAUUCCCCUUCUCAAAGAACAAAAAUAAAGCUUUUUAAAUGACAAACUACCAAAGUGCUCAUAUAAAUAUAUAACUUCCCUUGUUUUUAUGUCUCUCUUUCUAGCUAAAAAGCUAUGGAGAAUAGGGAAAGGGGAAUAGGGUGGCCAUUAGGAUUAGGGAACAUGUACAUGAGGCUUAGAAUGGUGGAGAGAAUGGCAGCAGAUAGAAGAUCAUCCAUGUAUUUGACCUCCAGCAGUUUCUCUUCCUUCACUUCCUCCAACCUUGAUACUGAGUCAAGUGCAUCAUUCUUCCAAGACAACAGCAAGUCUUUAGCCCGUCUAAUUGGAAUUAGACCACGCCAUAGAAGAUCAGAGUUCUACUCCAGAAAUACAGUCGAUCACGCCGAAACACCACCUACAUCGUCUACUUCAAGUACUUCACAACAUCCAGAUGAAUUAGAUAUGAAAAUGUGCGAUGGAAUUUGCAUUCCUCUAUGUACUAAGAUGAGCAAAAAUAAAGAAGGUUCAAAGAGAUGAACAAAUAUUUUUGUUGGUUGCUAGGAUCAUACUCAUAUACAUUUUCGUUCGUUCCCAUAGUACAGAAUUGAUACAUACAAGAUACAUCAUACAACUAUUGUUUACAUGCUCGAUUUUAAGUGUACACUAGUUUACAUGCUUGAUUUUAAGCACAUUGUAUAAUAGUAUUGUGUUUACCAUUGUAAAUUGUCUUUCUUACCUGGAAUCAAAUAACGGAAAACUAAUUUUGGAA